AUGCUUAUCGACAACGAUAUUAUAAUGAAAACGGCGCAGCAGCAGGUAGGUAAGCUUCCCAGCAACAUGGGCACAGGCAAUGACAAGAAUGAGAAAAGCGCCGCUGCAAAAGUCGAUCGUCCCUCGCGCGGAAGUAAUUUAGAUGAGUUUAAUGAAAAACGGUUUGACGACGCUUUGGGCGAUGUUGAAGAAUACGAAGGCUUCUCUGCGGGCGGUGGCUUGUACAUGGAGAGCGGCAUGGAGUUUGUCAUUAGCAUCGAUGACAAUGAUGACGAUGGACCUGCCGUUUCCCAGGCCCUAAAUUCGGCGCAUGACUCUUCGCCUUCUCGCCGCUUUGCUCCCAACGGGUCGGGUUUAGAAGGAAAAUCUGGCGCCAUGAACAACUGGAAUGCCAACUCACAGCAGCAGCAGCAGCAGCAGCAACGCGGCAUCCAUCCGUGCGAUCACCCCGCAUCCACGGCAAACGGUAGUAUAAACUCAGAUGUUUUCUUUGUUUCUUACAGCAGCUGGACGAAUCAUGCAAACACCGAUAGCGCAUACGGCGAGGUAUCACCUGCUGUCUCUUCUACUUUGGAACCACUGGUGGCAUGUGGUGGCGUGUCGCCACAACAACCGCAGCAGCCUUUUGACGUGCCCAUUGCGGGAAUUACCCCGGAAAGGGACGCGGGAAACUCGCAAUCAAGGCGGGAUCCGCAGGAUGAAAUACGAAGCAACCUUUUUGUCUCUGGUCUCCAUGCCAGCGUGACAGAUAACGAGCUAUACAAACAUUUUCAUCCCUACGGUGAGAUUGAAUCGGCAAAGGUGAUGUUAGACAUUCACACAGGAAAAAGUCGUGGCAUUGCGUUCGUAAAAUUCAAGGAAGUCGCCAACGCCGAAAAGGCAGCUGAAGAAAUGAAUAAUUCUGUUUUCCAUGGGGAGACCAUUGCGGUGCGUGUAGCCAAGCCGCAUGCCGCCUAUCGUCCUGGCGCACCUACCAACAAGACCUUUGUACGGAACAUACCACUCAAUAUGAAGAAGGCGGAACUCAUUCAACACUUUGGGCUUUACGGUGAGGUAGUUGAUGUCUCCAUCCACAAUGACGCGGCGCAGCGGUCCUCAAACAACAAACGGAACGUUGCCUUUGUCACGUACACGACCAAAGAGGCAGCCGCAAGGGCAGCACGAGAGACGCAUACAAGUAUACCGUUUCCGGAGUGUGAGGGUAUUCCUUUACUUGCGAAGGUGGCUGAGGACUCCGCCCAUCGUAACGAGCGUCUUGCCCGACGUGGGAUCUGUCGCCAUGGUGGAGUCAAGAACACUCUAAACAGUGCAAACAAUAGUGUCACCAGUUCCUUACAGGGUCUGCCGCAAGUUUACACACCAGGUACAGGAUCGCGGAAAACGCUCGACCGGACCCUAUCGGCCAGCGCCCCCUCGUACCCCUUUGUGCCGUCCCUGGGGGGGCAGCCCGUUCCUUCCGACCCUUACGCUUCUGGGAACACGGCAGCACCGGCCUUUUACGCCGCCCCGUUCUUUCCCGUGGCAACAGGAGCCACUGGAACCGCGCCGCUCUUCCUUGUUGGCCCGGAAUCCAGGCCGGCUGUCUUUGCACCGUCGUUGACACCUCUUUCGUUCAGCGGCUCCGUGCAGACGAUGGCGCCUAUGAAUACAGCCACAACUACGAUGGCUGCCACGGCACCAACGCCACAGCUGAUGAUGUAUCCCCAGGCCACCCCUCCCGUGGUGACACCACAGUCAACCAUUUUUUGCUAUUUACCAAAUGGACAGAUGACGCUUGCUGCCACGCCGCCACAACAGGGCACUUGA